AUGGAAGAACAUUUAUCGAAUUUAAUAGUAUUGAUUCCUUCAUUAAAUAUUCAAAAAAACAAUCUAAUACAAAAAAAUUUGAAAAAUUAGAAACAUUACUGUUGUUGUGUAAGGAAGAAAAUGUUACUUAAGAUUUUAUCUUUUAAUUUUUUUAUGGUUUUUGUAAAAGCUAAAUAAUAUCAAAAUCAAUUUGCCGUGAGUAUAUCUAAAAAUCAUAAUCUUAAUAACAAAAAAUUAGCUUUUAUAGAAAGGUUAAUGUAAAUGAUAUUGAAUAAAUCAUACAAAAGAAUGGAAGAGUUCUUCCCUAGAUUAAAGAAGUAUUUUUACAUAAUGAUAAUAAAUAUGAAUACAAUUUGUUUAGAGUAUUUUCAGAAGAUAAUAUCUCUGUUAAAUUAAAUUAUAGUACUGAUUAACUUCCAGAUAAAUUACUAGAAUUGA